ACUAGUUCACGUCAUCCGAUCUGUUGUAAUUAUCAAAAAUGAGUUACUCGCUUGGAUUCAUAAAAUGGAAGAAAAUAAGAACAUACAUAUCACACCUGAAGAAGAAGUAUUACAUUCUGCAGUCUCUGAAUAUGAUAUGUUCAAUGCAUAUACUGAUAUAAUUAAAGCAUUUUGUUUAAGCAACAAAGUGUAUCAGUUUCCGAUUUUAAGUACUGCUAUACCUACAGGCAUGCGCAAGACUUGCAAGAACGUGUUGCGUUUGAACCGCGCGACACUGCUCAAGAUGUCGGCGUUCGGCAUGUUCGAACUCGACGCAACGUUCCCGCUGCGACUGUUCAGCGUAAUCGUGACGUACACCGUCGUACUGCUGCAGUUUGCCUUUGUAUCGUAGA